GACUCGCGCGCAUCUCGUCCGAUCUACAUAAUGUGCAUAAUGACUUUAUGCAACCGGCACAAUUAUACUAUUUGGAUUAACGGAUACCACUAAUACUGCAUCCCAUAUUCACCUGUUAUAUUCUUACCUGUGUGUGGCGCCCUGAAGCCAAAGAUGGCACUGACGUGCGACUGCCCGAUGUCGCAGCCUGGGCCCACGCUGGCGGCGACCUGCGGCGGCGGCGCCUUCAUGCUGUUCAUGGGGCUCCUGGAGGUGUUCCUGAGGAGUCAGUGUGAUCUGGAAGACCCGUGCGGAAGGGCUCAGUACCGGCGACACAUGGAUUCAGUGUACGACUUCAUCGUGGUGGGGGGCGGGUCUGCCGGCUCCGUGGUGGCCGCGCGGCUCUCCGAGGUGCCCGAGUGGAGGGUGCUGUUGUUGGAAGCAGGUUUCGACGAACCGACCGGUACACAAGUUCCGUCAAUGUUCCUAAACUUCAUCGGGUCCAGCAUCGACUGGGGCUACACCACGCAGCCCGAGCCAGCCGCCUGCCUCGGGGAGACCGACAGAAAGUGUUACUGGCCCAGGGGGAAGGUCCUCGGAGGCACCUCUGUAAUGAACGGUAUGAUGUACAUGCGAGGGUCCCGCGCUGACUACGACGGCUGGGCGGCGGCCGGCAACGAAGGCUGGUCCUACAACGACGUGCUGCCCUACUUCCUGAAGUCCGAAGACAACAAGCAGCUGGAUGAGAUGGACCAGGGCUUCCACUCCGCCGGCGGACCACUCACAGUAUCGCAGUUCCCGUACCACCCGCCGCUCAGCUCCAGCAUUGUCAAGGCUGGCGAAGAGUUGGGGUACCAAGUCCGUGACCUCAACGGCCAGCACCACACCGGGUUCAUGAUCGCGCAGACCACCAACCGCAACGGCUCUCGUCUGUCCGUCGCCCGCGCCUUCCUCCGCCCCGCCAAGAAUAGACCCAAUCUUCAUAUCAUGCUCAAUGCUACCGUUACCAGGGUCUUAAUCAACCAGACGACCAGACAGGCGUACGCGGUGGAAGUCCUGAACAGCUUCGGAGGAACUGAGACUAUAUUCGCUAACAACGAGAUUAUUGUGAGCGCGGGCACAGUAGCGUCCCCCCAAUUGCUGCAGCUGAGCGGCAUCGGGGACCCGGACGUGCUGGCGCGGGCCGGCGUCAAACUGGUGCACCGGCUGCCCGCCGUCGGCAGGAACCUGCACAAUCACGUGGCGCACUUCCUCAACUUCCAGAUCAAUGAUAACAACACAGCUGCGCUCAACUGGGCUACAGCAAUGGAGUAUCUGCUGUUCAGAGACGGACUCAUGUCUGGAACUGGCAUAUCAGAAGUGACAGCAUUCAUCAACACCAAAUACUCAAACCCCGCGAACGACAACCCAGACAUCCAGCUGUUCUUCGGCGGGUUCCUCGCGGACUGCGCAAAGACGGGCAUGGUCGGGGAGCGCCUCGACAACGGCUCCCGGACCAUACAGAUUAUACCCACAGUGCUGCAUCCUAAAAGCAGGGGACGGCUGGAGAUUGCCAGCGCCGAUCCUAAAGAGUACCCUAAUAUUUUUGCCAACUACCUAACCCACCCAGACGACGUGAAGACCCUCAUCGAAGGCAUCAAAUUCGCCAUCAAGCUCUCGGAAACCAAAGCGCUGAAGAGAUACGGCGUGAAGCUGGACAAGACGCCGGUGUCAGGCUGCGAGAAGAUCAAGUUUGGCUGCGACGCAUACUGGGAGUGCGCGGUCAGGAUGCAGACCGCGCCGGAGAACCACCAGGCAGGGUCGUGCAAGAUGGGGCCCAGGGGAGACCCUACUGCUGUGGUGGAUAACUUGCUUCAGGUGCAAGGCAUCGACCGGCUGCGCGUGGCGGACGCCAGCGUGAUGCCGGCCGUGAGCUCGGGCAACACCAACGCGCCCGCCGUCAUGAUCGGCGAGCGCGCCGCCGACUUCAUCAAGCAGCGCUGGCUCGGCACGCACACGCCCUACCCCCUGGGCAGCCAUGGCGGGAUCUCCAACGUGCUGCAAGCCAGCGAGACCCAGUACUUGCCGUGGCAGCGGUGGACGUGAGCGGACAUCACCACCAAAAUACCUUGAAGUGUUACCUUUAUGAACCGUUACCAGAAAAAUAUUGUCACAGCACGAAUAUACAAAGUUGUAAGAAACUAAGGCUGUCAUAUAGAAUAGGUUUCAUUGUACAAAAUAUAGGGUACCUACUCGGAAUUGCUCAUCCAUGACACUGAAAAAAAUUGAUUUUAGAUUACUAUCUAUUAAAGUAAGAUCCGCUGAUCGCAUAUUUGUAUAGAAAAUGUAGAUGUUUGUUUUUCUGAUAAAAAUGACCCUUAUAGUUGGAAACUUCGAAAAAGUCCAAGCCCCUUGCAUAUUCAUUAAACACAUUACACAUACGACGUUCAAUUAAAUCAUUUUGACGUUAUCGGGUUACCAUAGCAGGAAAAAAUAAAAUCUUCCUAUCUUACAAUAUCUAUAAAUAUCUACAUAAUUUGUACCUGUUGCAGUAUUUUUAGUUAGUUUUAAAAUGUAGCUAAAUCACAAUUCUGAAUGUGCAAUGUUUAACUGAGGCACUAGUGUCUAUCGUACAAAUUAGUAUUUAUUAGUAUCUUUAAUACUCUAUUUUGAUAUUUAGUUUGAAUGGGAGGACACUAUUUUGAGGAAGAAUUUAGGAUAUUAAUAAAGCUAAUAGUUCACUUUGUGUAAGUUUUAGAAUAAACAUCUUUUUUCCGUUCCUUUAAUUAUACAUAGUUUGGUUACUAUACCAAGUAUUAUAUAAUCUGUUGUUUUAACCAUUUCAGACCAACCGACACACCUGACAAUACCCGCCAUCUUUUAUACAUAGGUUUAUGGUUUUUAAAACUAUAGGGCUUCGCCUAAAAACUUGCCAGUUUACAAAAUAACUAAUUUUCCCUUGUUACUCACAUUGACAUACUAUUCGUUCUAUUGUGCCAUUCCCUUGUUUAGAAAUGUUUUGUUAUUAUUAAUUUCAAUAUUCACACGAUUCUAAAAAAACAUAACAGCAAUAUUGUUUUUAAUUUUUAUAUUUCUCUAACCUGCACUGUUUUUCAUAAAAUGUAUAAAAACCAUCUUUUUUACGUUUGACAGCUCAUCAGAUAAAUCCUUUGUUUAUGCAAUAUUUGAACGAAAGAUUAUGAAAUUUCACUUUGUUUUCAACAGCUAUUGUAGAUAUGAUAGCAAUACCUACAAUAGCGGUUAUAUGCUUACCCUGUUAUUCACAAAGUUAAAGCGUAUGUACGUCUUAGCUAAAGGAUGUUUUGUCUCUUUCUGUAAAUAUCUAAUGUUAUAAAGUGCGAUAGUAACAAAACAUCAUCAUCAGCCUUCCGUUAUCCCACUUUUCUGUGGUCGGUAGGUCAGUCUCCACUUCUCCCUGUCUGAUGACCGAUCCGUUACUUCUUCUUUACCCACAUCCUGCUUUAACGAACUUCGUCCACCUCUUCUUCGGCUCCCCUACUUCUUUUCCCAAUCAAUUUAAAAUCCGUAACUCUUCUUACAAUAUAGUGACAAAAUAUUUUAGCUUUAACUUUUUUAUGAAUAACGGCAUAAGUCUUUUUAUCUGAAAGCAAGUUAAACCAUAGUUUCUCAAAUUAACUUUCAAACUAACCUUGCCUAUUAAGUUUUAAGUUCGCUAUAUUUUUAAGAUGUUGAGAAUCAUAUUACGGCUACAUGUGUGCCCGGAAACUAGAAUAAGUUUACGGUUUAUUUAUAAAUAAAACUAGUUUGAAUAC